CCUGCGCAGAUAAACAGCGAAGGACUGGAUGAGGACCUGGCGGCCAAAGAGGAGAUGGAUGACUCCCGGCUGCAGGAAGGAGGCGGCCCGACGACCAAAGAGGCCGAACCUGAAGGGCUGGAGAGUGGCAGGAGGGAGGAAGGGGGAGAGGCGGAACAGCUGGACCAAAUGUCUAUCCCAAACAACAAAUCACGAAAGAAAAAGAAGAAAAAAAAGAAUAAGAAGAAUCCUUCAGGCGAAGCUCUGUUCCCUGGAGAUGAUGACCAAGUGGAAGAUAUUGAAAGCAUCUUGCUGAGCAUUGAGAAUUCCAGUGGGCCCCCAUGCCAAAGCCAGAGCAGGUUGGUCACGGAUAAUCGGCCUCUGCUUUACAUCGAACACAGGAACCUGAAUCCCGAAACGGAGCUGAAGAGAUACUUCGGGGCCCGGGCGGUUCUUGGAGACCAGAGGCCGCGGCAGAGGCAGCGCCAAUAUGUACACAGCACGUGGUUGACGGCGCCCAAGGAGACUUGGCCACGUCACAGCAAAACAGGCAUAUCCAUGGUGCUGCUAGAAACAAGGCGUGGAGAGCAACAUUUUGCCUUUGAGCACAACCGGGAGUACCAGCUAGUACAGUUCAAAUUCUUGGAUGCUGUGGAAUCGAUGGACCCAAACAAUCUUGUGCUUCUGCUCCAGACGAAUCCUUACCAUGUGGACUCGCUUCUGCAGCUCAGCGAUGUGUGCCGGAUGCAGGAAGACCAGGAGAUGGCCAGGGACCUGAUUGAGAGAGCCCUCUACACCCUGGAGUGCGCCUUCCACCCUGUGUUCAGCCUCACCAGUGGCACCUGCAGGCUGGACUACCGGCACCCAGAAAACAGGGCUUUCUACCUGGCCCUCUUCAAGCAUUUGCUUUUCCUAGAGAGGAGAGGCUGCCCACGGACUGCCCUGGAGGUCUGCAAGCUUGUCCUGAGCCUUGAUCCGGAGAAUGAUCCGCUGUGCAUGCUGCUGAUGGUGGACUUGCUGUCACUCCGAGCAAGAGAGUACACCUUCCUGAUCCGCAUGUUUCAGGAAUGGGAGGGCCAUCGGAAUCUGUCACAGCUCCCCAAUUUUGCCUUCUCCGUCCCUCUGGCUUAUUUCUUCCUGAGCCAGCAGGAAGAUAUUCCUGAAGCAGAGCAAAGCCGAGCCCGUGAGCAGGGAGACAGCCUCAUUCAGCAGGCCCUGAUUAUGUUCCCCAGCGCCCUGAUGCCGCUGCUGGACCGGUGCAGCGUGCAGCCUGACUCCGCGGUCAGCUCCCACGCCUUCUUUGGGCUGGAAGCCCAGCUGAGCGUGCCUUCAGCGCUGAGCCAGCUGGUCUCCCUCUACUUGGGGAGGAGCCACGCCCUCUGGAAGGACCCCGCUGUCAUGGCCUGGCUGGAGACCAACGUGCACAAGGUGCUGCGGGUGGUGGAUGCCAAAGACCCUGUUCUGGAGGAGGCGGAACAAAAGCGAAAGGCAAGGUACCAAAAUGCCCCCAGGAACGUCUACCGCCAUGUGAUCCUCUCAGAGAUCAGGGAAGCCACAGCAGCAUUACCUCCGGAGGUGACCUCACAGCCCAUAAUGGGAUUCGAUCCUCUGCCACCUCCGGACUCCAUUGUUUCAUACACAAGGCCCGAAAGGGCAACCCACCCAACCAACGAAAGUACUUUAUCGCUCUUUUUUCGCUCACUGUUGCCAAACUUCAACUUACAGGGGGAAGUUAGAGCCGGAGGAGAAGAAGAGCCAGGGGCAGGGCAAAACCUCAACCAGGGAGUGAACCGGCUGAUGGCGGCUAUGCGGGACAUGCUGGCAAACAUCCAGUUCCAGGAACCCCCACGGGAUGACAACGCUGAGGGUGAAGGGGGAGAGUGGGACUGAAUCUGGCCCCUGUGUAAUCACCCCACCGACAAUAAACAGGUGUAAGCAGGAAUUGUCUCUAUACCUUGCCUGUGGACGUAGCUCUCCAUUUCCCUCUCUCCCCAUGAGAAAAGGAGGACUUGACUCAGUUUUGGACAGCGUUUUAGAAGGGAAAAGUUUAACAGCCGCCACCCCACCCCACCCCACCC